AUGAAUGUACCUGACCCAUCAUCCUCAAUGACAUUGACCAUGCCUCUAGCAACCGGACUACUAGUCGGCAUAGCCCUACUCUACCAGACCUGGACCCGGCCUUCCCUCCAAACCAUCCUCAAAUCCACAAACAAUCAACAAACCAAGCUCUUCCAACCCUCUCCUCCAUCUUCGCAACCGUCCCACACCAUCACCAUAAGCAAAGAACCCGACAACCCCCAAGACUGGUACACCGGCACAAGCACAUACGACCUCGAACGCCGCGCACUCUUCAGCAAACACUGGCUCUGCAUCUCCCACUGCACCCAAUUCACCAAACCAGGCGACUACCACGCCACCACCAUCGCUGGCUUUCCCAUCUUCCUGAUCCUAGGUAAAGACGGUACCCUCCGGGCCUUUCAUAACGUGUGCCGUCACCGCGCAUACCCGGUCGUCAGCCAGAAAGACCGCGGCUCGUCCACCGUGCUCGGCUGCCGGUAUCACGGCUGGAGCUACGAUAGUCUCGGACGACUGAUCAAGGCGCCGCAUUUCGAUGGGGUGGUAGGGUUCGACCGCGCGCAGAACGGGUUGUUCGCUGUGCAUACUUUUACCAGUCGGACGGGGUUUGUGUUUGUGAAUUUGGAGGCGCAGGCGGUGGGGAUACCGCCGGAGAUGGGGGAUGGGUUGGAUGGGUUUGGGGGGAAGUCGAGGUGGUUGGGUGGGCGGGUGGUUGAGGGGCGGGUUAAUUGGAAGAUGGGCGGGAGGGUGAGCCGUUUGAUGGAUAGUGAGAGGAUAGGGCGCGGGGGCUCCCAGCGCAGGAAUCUCCUGUCCUGGCUGAUGCAUGCGCUUGGGCUCUCGCGAGAAGGCCGCGGGAGCAUUGACGUCUUCCCAUUCACUACAGUGCAUGUGGUCAAGGGGACGUUUUAUUGGUAUACGCUGGUCUGCGUUCCGGUGUCUGCGCAGUGGACGUCGUUUCGACUCGAUUUGUACGGCAGCGUGAACGUCGAUAGCACAGACUCGGAAAGUACACUACAGGAGGCGAUUGAUCAGCUGCAGACGGCGGUGGACGCGGCGGAAGAGGAGUAUCGGCCAUAUAUUGAAGAUGCUAGGUAUUACCCAGCGAACAUUGUCAUGAUCAUGAUCAAAGCUGACAUGUGUAGUACAAGCAGUUCUGCAUGCGCGACUGCGACUCAGCCAGAUGCAGAGGAUGCAGAUUUUCCACAAGCUGUGCUUCACAUCCUCAAAGCUCAUAUGAAGUUUGAAAGGCAACAAGGAACCGAAGUGUACCCCGCGAUGAGACAACCGAGGCGCAAUGCAAGGUUUGAGCAGGCGGAGCAGCUCUGCAAGAAAUUGGAUUGUGGACUUCGAGGCGAGGAUGUUUCCUGGUAA